AAACUCUAGUGUAUGAAUAUAAAGUAUGCGGUUCUUGUUGUUUGGGAUUGUGACGCUGAUCGUGUAAUUUGACGUGGCGACUACGUAUUCUGCAAAUUUAUCCAGUCCGAUUGCUGCAAAAUUGGUGACGAAAAGUACGUAAGUGAGAUGACUGAAGUAAGUUCCUCACAAGCAGGAGAUUUAGAGACAAGCUCGGGAAUAUCUGUUGUACACAUGCCCUCGCUCAGUCAGCCCAUACAAGUUCAGUCUGUCAUUCAUUCCAACACACCAUCUGUCAUUCAGACGGCGGGACCAAACGUUCAGACCAUUCAGGUGGUCAGGGUAGCACCAGUGGACGAGGAUUUGUCAGAUGAUUCUGAAAAUAAAAAGCGACGAGAAAUGCUCUCAAGAAGACCUUCAUACAGAAAAAUUUUGAAUGAGCUAUCUUCACCGGUUGCGGUGUCAAAAAUAGAGGAAGAGUCCAACAGUAGCCAGAGUCAGGAUGGAGACUCCCCCGAGGGGACCUCUAACUUGUCCGGGGUGCAGUACCAGCAAGGUAGUUUUUUACCUGCGGGCACCAUACAGAUUUCUAACUCUGAUGGAGUGGCAGUGUCCCAGGGCCUUCAGACACUGACCAUGACCAACGCCAGUCCAUCCACCACCUCCGCCACCGGCGCCACCAUCGUUCAGUACGCACAGGGACCUGACGGACAGUUCUUCAUCCCUGACAUGUCAGGAACAGUACAAGCAUACCAAAUAGCAACGUCGGGGGCAUUACCACAGGGGGUAGUCAUGGCAACCACAGGAAGUGCCAUGUCCAGUCCGCAGAAUCUGUCUGAGGAAGCGUCACGAAAGAGAGAGCUACGACUACUGAAGAACAGAGAGGCGGCUAGAGAGUGUAGGAGAAAAAAGAAGGACUACGUCAAGUGUUUGGAAAACCGUGUGGCUGUGUUAGAAAAUCAAAACAAGACACUGAUCGAGGAACUGAAGGCCCUGAAAGAACUCUAUUGUCAAAAGGAAGGGUAGCGGUGGCCAAGGGGAGAUCACUCUUCAGUCUGACAGUGCUAAUGUGAACAAGGCAGAUAUGUCGCGUGUCCAUGUUAUGGCGUUAUGACGCGACGACACCAGGGGAAUUCGGGCCAGAGAUAUAGUCUGUAUUUUUGUACUGAGGGAAAGAGAGGCCAAAAGAAGCAUUACAUUCAUCAUGCGUACAUAUUUCUUCAAGAUUCUUCACUGGGGUUUUUAGAAUGCAAGAUAAAAUGCAUUUAAUACAUAUAUGUAUACAUCUGCCUUCAUUUUUAUCAGAAUAUUUCAUUUUUUUAAAUAAUUUGUAUUGAGUAUGAUGUACUGAAUGCAAGGUUUAAAUACUGCCCAUUAACAGAAGGUAUUCGGGUUGAAAGAUCUCAUAUUUUGCAUGCUGAUACUUUAGACAACAUUUCUCUCAUUUCCUGUCAAGAUUACGGUACUUUCUUGCUCUGAUCUGUUGGUCUGUUAAAAGAUAUUCAGAGUAAAUUAAGCUGUUUAAAUGUGAUUUAUUUUUAAAAGUUCGCAUAAUAGAAAAAGAAUUGUUAAAGUCUUUGCCCAGUAGCGUGGGUGAGAGAAAAGUUGUGUAAAGCAUUUUCAGUACUCAUUUUCCCCUCAAAAAUAGACAUGUGUAAUUCAUGUGCAGCUUUAAAUGAUGUUAUUGUUGCGAUUUGCUCAGAUGUUUUUUCCUGUUUAAUGCUUAUAGAUAUUAUUCUCCUGCCAAUUUUGGAUAGUUCAGUGAUGUUUGCCUUACUAGUUUAUUUGGAAGGAAUAUGAUUUAAUUUUAGACAAUGCAUCCCCAUGUAAUUCUGUUCUUUUCACACCCUACCUUUAAAUAUUGGAGAAUUUUUUUUUAAUGUUACUUUGAUUCUUUGAAUGCAUGACAGGCCUUUUGUUUUUUUACUGAGGAAAAAAAUAUUUGAUGCAUUUUUCAUAUGCUUCUAGGAAAGAAAACUAUUUAGAAAUCACUUGGUUUAUUCAGUUGGAGUUUUAGUUGUUUCUGUCUGCUUUUAAUGAAGGGGAAAAAGAUGAAUUUGAUUUCAUUGCUUACUUCCCCCAUCAGACCUUCUGUCCUCUCAGCACUUACUGAUGCUUGAAGAAACCUGCCUUGGUUGACUAAAGAGCAAAUUUUAGAUCAAUAUCUGUCAAGCAUACAACAUUUUGUUGGUGACAACUAAUAACAGUCUUAAGUUUUGUUGUCUUAGGUUCAUGUUGUUUUUGUUAUGCAAUGUGUAAUUGCACCAUUGUUAGAAUUUCAUUUAUUAUUAUAUAUAUAAAGAUGAAUAUAAAAUGUAUUGUAAUAAGUGCAACCGUAAAUGCAUUUCCCACCUCAAUCAAAUCCCUAAAUAUCCCAGCUCACUUUUGAUGAGGAAAUAAGUUGGCAAUUGUAUUGUGAAGUGCAUUAAAUCUGGUAUUGAUGUUACUGACUCCUACAAUGUGAUAGAGAAGACCAGAGUAGCUUACUAAUAUAAUGUUUCAAUUAGUGGUUGUUUUGAUUCACUGCAUAAAAUUUUUCUCUUUACUCGUCUUUUACUUCACAAUGAAAUGUCUGGGCAGAAGAUUUAAUUUGUAUAUAUUUAGGAAGAGAAUUUUACAGGUGACAAUGAACCUUAGUUUGAGUUCGUAGCCAUGAGAUUUGUAGAGUUUUUAUUUGUAUUCUGUUGUGUCAUAAAAAAAGGAACACUUGAUGUUUUCUUUCCAUGUUUCAAAACCCUAAACAUUUAGAUAUCUAGAUACAAGUCGGUAAGAAAAGGUAGCUCUCAUUUUUAAGAGGCAUUGGAAACCAAAUGUGAGUGGGGAAUUUUUAGUCAGAAUGCAGUGUCGGAUGUGACUCUGUUGAAUACAUAUUUUUGUGUGUUUAGAUAUCUUGGAUGAAACUUUGUCCAUUGAUAUUGUUAUGUAUGUUAUGAAGAGAAUCACUUGAUAUUUUAAUAAAAUACGUCAACAAAAUUUUAAAA